AUGAUGAUUAUCAGCUGUAUCCAUUUCUCGGUUACCAUGAUCGAUCUAGAACGUAUCCAAUAUUAUGAAAAAUUGCAGUUAGCGGAUUUUAAAUACAUCACAAGUCAAAAUACUAGGUCUAACACGAACGGCUGCAGCGGUCUAUCAUGCCGGAUUGAAUCGAUAUUAUUCACAGCUUUUGAUAGGCAAUUUAAUUUAAAUUUAUGGCCACGCUCAGGGCUGUUCUCACCAUCAUUCGAAGUGUACCAUUUGGGUCAUACUGAAAACAAAAUGAUCAAAUACGAUUUUCAAGUUGAUCACCUUUAUGAAUGCAGUCUCGACGGUGAUUUAGCGUCGGAAGGUUCUUUUUAUAUCGAUGAAUAUACAAUUUUGGGAACUUUUGAAGCCAUAAAUGAAACUUAUGCCAUCGAGCCUUAUCAAGAUGGCAGUAACAGACAGGAUGGCGCCUCAACAUUUAUUAUCUACCGUCAAAGAGAUUUGAAAUAUAAUAGCUAUAAUAAUAGCAGAUAUUUAUCAGAUUCAUGUAAUAUUGUUGUACCUAAUUCGAUUGAUCGUCAUCACAUCAAAAAUGAAGAAGAAUUCGAUGAUCACAAACGUUACACAAGAGAAAUUAUGGAAAUGGAUACUUGUAAACUGGCGUUAGUAGCGGAUUAUCGAUUUUUUAACCAUAUUGGAGAUAAAAAUGUUGGUAGUACAAUUAACUAUAUGGUCCAUAUAGCGGAUAGGGUUGAUAGGAUGUAUCGGUCAGAAUCAUUUAAAGAUAAUAUGCCGAGGAUAGGAUUUCAAAUUAGUAAGAUUAUAGUACAUAAUGAAUCCUAUACUAGUGCGAAACAUCACUACAAUAUGCAAAAAUCGCUACAUGAUAUUCAAUCACAUUUAAAGCUAUUUAGUCUUAAAGAUUGGAGUCAAGUUUGCUUAGCACAUUUAUUUACCUAUCAAGAUUUUGCUGAUGGAACGAUUGGUUUAGCUUACGUAGCUAGUCAACGCCAGGAUACCGUUGGAGGUAUUUGCUCACCACGCAUCCGAAACGGAAAUGAUUAUGUCAGUGCUAAUGUGGGAUUAAGUACUCCUCUAAAUUGGGGUAAAAGAAUGACAACAUUGGAGUUUCAAUUAGUGCUUGCGCACGGUCAUAGUUUUGGCUCUGAACAUGAUCCAUUAGAAGGAGUUUGUUCACCAUCGGAGGCAAAAGGUGGAAAAUAUUUAAUGUUUCCGGCGGCAUUGUCCGGAUUAAAUUCUAACAAUAAGCUUUUUUCAUCGUGUAGUAAAGACAGUAUUAAAGGAGUAUUGCAAGCCAAGUCACAGCUAUGCUUUACAGAAAGAAGUAAAAGUCGAUGCGGAAAUUAUGAAGUGGAAGAAGGAGAAGAAUGUGACGCUGGUAUACUAGGAAAUAAAGGCAGAAGUUCAUGUUGUACACCGAAUUGCAAAUUCCGACCAAAUGCGGUUUGUAGCAGUCAAUGUCCUCAAGCUUUACCCAAAGAAGAUAAUGCACCAUGCAUUGGAGGGGGAGUUUGUCAAAAUGGCAUUUGCUUAACAUUCUGUGAGAAAUACGAUAAAUCACCGUGCAUUUGUAGUGAAGAUAACAUAUCGUGCCAAAUAUGUUGCAAAGACAAUGCAUCAGCUAUUUGUAAACCACAUCUUGAUGCUAACGGCCAAAUGAUCAGUUUACCAGACGAUAAUCCGUGCCUUGAAGGAAUUUGUAAAAAGGGGAAGUGUAGCAAAACUGUGCAAGACUUUAUAACACGAAUUCAUAGCGCAUUAGAAAAUUUAUCAUCGCGCGACGUUGCUGAAUGGAUUACCAAUAAUAUCGUAGGAGCUACCCUAAUUAUUUCCGUACUCGUAUGGAUUCCCUGUUCAUGUAUUGUCAAUACUGUUGAUAAUAAACAGCAAAAAAAUCGUGAUAAAAAAAGGAUGGAACGCUAUUUACAAAGUGUUCAGGCAGAAGUUGCAUCAAAGUACGAUAUUUAA